AAAGGUAUUGUUAGGCCAUCAAGAGUUUGGUAGAAUUCUAUUAUUGUUGUAGAUGUGCAUAAAUAUUAUGUUCAUACCUCAAUAACAGAAUAUCAUGAACCAGUACAGAAAUCUCACGAUCCAAUAGUAAAACUUCACAAGCCAGGACCAGAAUCUCAUGAAGCAAUAGUAAAACAUCACGACCCAAUAAUGAAACCUCAUCAGUCAACAAUGAAUCUACAAGAACCAAUACUGAAACUUCAUGAGCCAGUGCAUAAAACUCAUGAGCCAAUAGUAACUCCUCAUGAGGCAGUGCAUAAACCUCAUGAUCUAAUAAAGAAUCCCCACAAGCCUCUGGCGAAUCCUCAUGAGCCAAUGUUUAAACCUCAUGAGCUAUUAGUGAAUUCAUAUGAACCAGUGCAUAAACCUCAUGAGCCAAUGGUGAAACACCAUGAGGCAAUGCAUAAACCUCAUGUUCCAGUAGUGAAAACUCAUGAUCCAAUUGUUAAUCAUCAUGAGCCAAUAAUAAAUUCUCAUGGACCAGUAGUACAUCAUCAUGAGGCAAUGCAUAAACCUAAUGAUCCAAUAGAGAAAACUCAUGAGCCAAUGCAUAAACCUCAGGAACCAAUAGUACAUCAUCAUGGGUUAACGCAUAAACCUCAUGAUCCGAUAGUGAAUUCUCAUGACUCAAUAGUAAAUACUCACUCACCAAGAGUGAAUCCUCAUGAGACAAUGUAUAAACCUCAUGAUCCAAUAGUGAAAAUUCAUGAGCCAAUGCAUACAGCCCACAAGCCAGAGAAACCUCAUGGGCCAAUAGUACAUCAUCAUGAGCCAAUGCAUAAAGCUCAUGAGCCAGAGAAACCUCAUGGGCCAAUAGUACAUCAUCAUGAGGCAAUGCAUAAACCUAAUGAUCCAAUAGAGAAAACUCAUGAGCCAAUGCAUAAACCUCUGGAACCAAUAGUACAUCAUCAUGGGUUAACGCAUAAACCUCAUGAUCCGAUAGUGAAUUCUCAUGACGCAAUAGUAAAUACUCACUCACCAACAGUGAAUCCUCAUGAGACAAUGUAUAAACCUCAUGAUCCAAUAGUGAAAACUCAUGAGCCAAUGCAUACAGCCCACGAGCCAGAGAAACCUCAUGGGCCAACAGUACAUCAUCAUGAGCCUAUGCAUAAACAUCAUGAGCCAAUAGUACAUCAUCAUGAGCCAAUGCAUAAAGCUCAUGAGCCAGAGAAACCUCAUGAGCCAAUAGUACAUCAUCAUGAGCCAAUGCAUAAACCUCAUGAGCCAAUGGUGAAACCCCAUGAGCCAAUGCAUAAACCUCAUGAGUCAAUAGUACAUAAUCAUGAGCCUAUGCAUAAACCUCAUGAGCCAAUAGUACAUAAUCAUGAGCCAAUGCAUAAACCUCAUGAGCCAAUGGUGAAACCCCAUGAGCCAAUGCAUAAACCUCAUGAGUCAAUAGUACAUAAUCAUGAGCCUAUGCAUAAACCUCAUGAGCCAAUAGUACAUAAUCAUGAGCCAAUGCAUAAAGCUCAUGAGCCAGAGAAACCUCAUGAGCCAAUAGUACAUCAUCAUGAGCCAAUGGUGGAACCCCAUGAGCCAAUGCAUAAACCUCAUGAGUCAAUAGUACAUCAUCAUGAGCCAAUGCAUAAACCUCAUGAGCCAGAGAAACCUCGUGAGCCAAUGCAUAAACCUCAUGAGCCAAUAGUACAUCAUCAUGAGCCAAUGCAUAAAUCUCAUGAGCCAAUGGUGGAACUCCAUGAGCCAAUGCAUAAACCUCAUGAGUCAAUAGUACAUCAUCAUGAGCCAAUGCAUAAACCUCAUGAGCCAUUUGUGGAACCCCAUGAGCCAAUGCAUAAACCUCAUGAGCCAAUAGUACAUCAUCAUGAGCCAAUGCAUAAACUUCAUGAGCCAAUAGUCCAUCAUCAUGAGCCAAUGCAUAAACCUCAUGAGCCAGAGAAACCUCAUGAACCAAUAGUGCAUCAUCAUGAGCCAAUGCAUAAACCUCAUGAGCCAGAGAAACCUCAUGAGCCAAUAGUACAUUAUCAUGAGCCAAUGCAUAAACUUCAUGAGCCAAUAGUCCAUCAUCAUGAGCCAAUGCAUAAACCUCAUGAGCCAGAGAAACCUCAUGAACCAAUAGUGCAUCAUCAUGAGCCAAUGCAUAAACCUCAUGAGCCAGAGAAACCUCAUGAGCCAAUAGUACAUUAUCAUGAGCCAAUGCAUAAACCUCAUGAGCCAAUGGUGGAACCCCAUGAGCCAAUGCAUAAACUUCAUGAGUCAAUAGUACAUCAUCAUGAGCCAAUGCAUAAACCUCAUGAGCUCGUGCCUCAUGAGCCAAUAGUACAUCAUCAUGCACCAAUGCAAAAACCUCUGGAGCCAAUGCCUCAUGAGCCAAUAGUACAUCAUCAUGAGUCAAUGCAUAAACCUCAUCAGCCAAUGGUGGAACCCCAUGAGCCAAUGCAUAUACCUCAUGAGUCAAUGGUACAUCAUCAUGAGCCAAUGCAUAAACCUCAUGAGCCAAUAGUACAUCAUCAUGAGCCAAUGCAUAAACCUCAUGAGUCAACUGUACAUCAUCAUGAGCCUAUGCAUAAACUUCAUGAGCCAAUGCAUAAGCCUCAUGAGUCAAUCGUACAUCAUCAUGAGCCUAUGCAUAAACCUCAUGAGCCAAUAGUACAUCAUCAUGAGCCAAUGCAUAAACCUCAUGAGCCAAUGGUGGAACCCCAUGAACCAAUGCAUAAACCUCAUGAGUCAAUAGUACAUCACCAUGAGCCAAUGCAGAAACCUCAUGAGCCAAUGGUGGAACCCCAUGAGCCAAUGCAUAAACCUCAUGAGUCAAUAUUACAUCAUCAUGAGCCAAUGCAUAAACCUCAUGAGCCAAUGUUGGAACUCUAUGAACCAAUGCAUAAACCUCAUGAGCCAAUGUUGGAACUCUAUGAACCAAUGCAUAAACCUCAUGAGCCAAUAGUACAUCACCAUGAGCCAAUGCAGAAACCUCAUGAGCCAAUGGUGGAACUUCAUGAUUCAAUGCACAAACCUCAUGAACUAAUAGUACAUCAUCAUGAGGCAAUGCAUAAACCUCAUCAGCCAAUAGUGAAACCUUUUGAAUCGAUAUUAGAAUCUCAUGGACACAUACCAACAAAGCCAAAAAGUGAAUCUCAUAAACCAGUACCACAGUCAGAGACAAUGCAUGGAUCUGUGCUGCCAAAAGUAGAGACCGUUUCAUCAGUACACAUGCCACAUGAAUCAGGACCAAAACAUGAGGAUAUAAAGUCAGUACUACAGAAACCAAAGGAGUCGGAAGGAAAGACAAAUGGAGAGGAUGAAGGAUCUCAUACACACACAGCUGUUGGAGACCCACACAAACACUCAGAAGAGCAUGAUAAAGGAGAUGGUGAAGUAAAACACAUUCAUAAGUGGGAGAGAGAAGAUGAAGAGAAUAAAAAAGCUCUUCUGAAGUUCUUACUGUCUGGAGGGCAACAGACCGUACAGCUAAAAGGCAUCAUAUAUGACGACUUCAAAGAUUGUGAAUGUAACGGACACUCGAAUCGCUGCAGUUACAUCGACUUCCUGAACAUAGUCACGUGUGUGAGCUGCAAACACAACACGCGUGGUCAGAACUGUGAACACUGUCGCAUGGGCUUCUACAAAAACACCUCUGCAGAACCUGAUGAUGAGAAUGUGUGCAUCGAGUGUAACUGUAAUACGAUGGGCUCGUUGCACGACCGCUGUAACGGUACCGGCUUCUGUCAGUGUAAAGAAGGCACUACCGGAGUCAAAUGUGAUGACUGUCUCCCCGGUUAUUAUUGGAAACAGGGCUGUUUCGUGAACGUGUGUGACGAUGAGUUACUCUUGUGCCAGAACGGGGGGACGUGUGUUCAGAAUCAGCGCUGUAGCUGUACGCCGGACUUUAAGGGUGUUUUGUGCCAACAGUCGCGCUGCGACGGAGGCAAAAAGUGCAACGGUGCCAGUGCACUCACACUGAGCCUGGCACUUCUGCUGUGCCCGCUCCUCGCCACCCUGCUGGGCUCCACCGCCUCCUGAGAGACUCCUGCUUCCCCAGCGGGCACCGAGAGGGCCAGAUGCUCAGCAUCGCCCUCUACAGGGUGCAGAACACCCUGCAGGACAACAAGAACGAGAAACAAAGACUCUGGAGGAGCUGGAAAUCAAUGGAACUCAAAAUGUGCGCCUUACAUAUACACUGAGGACAAAUAAUACCAAAAACACAUACACUACAAACACACAAUAUCAACAAGAAGUCAGCUUCUUGUGCAAUAGCUGCGAAAUGUAAUACAAACUGCACUUCCUUCACUCUGAUUGGUCUAUGUAGGAGGCGUGUCCUCACAGUGAUCAGAGAUUAUACGACAUUUUCAGGAAAGGUCCAGCUUCACGUUUUUUUUGUGUGUUUUUUUUACACUCCCUCGCUGCAGUUUUUAACAUUCAGAUGUAUGUAAUGAGCGCUCACUGUUAUUCGCUAAAAAGCAAAGAGUAUGAUAUUAUCGCGAUAUUUGUUAUAUCAUGACUAUUUAAGAUUUUAGGCACUGUACUCCUGGUGGUUAUAGGAAUGUCUGUCGGCACAGUUAGAGGUCAUUUACGAAGUAUUUGGGACAUGAACACACUAUUCAACUCGCAAGAGAAGAUAUCUAUCUAAUCAAAUGGAAUUAUUAUAAACCCACAUUAUUUGACUAUUUUUGGUAGAGAAUAUUUUUUGUUUUGGAUCUAUAUAAGAGGCAAAAGGUUUUAUUACACUGUAAAGUUUACAUCACACUAUAGUACGAGAAUCUAUAAAGUAGAGUUUACACUGUCAGGUAUUACAGAGGAUGAAUUUACGCACUAAAUGUACCAAACAGAAUUUAUUUAUUAGAUGGCAAACUCUACUGAAAUGUAUGGGAUGGGGUUUAUUACACUUUAUGGUGAACAGAUUUACAAAACUAAAAGAACUGAAUGAAAUUUGAUGACACUGUAAACAUUACAGUAAAUGUGACUGUUACUUGGC